AUGGCACCGAUCGUCACUCUGAAAAAGCUGCCCACACUGCAGGCUCAAUAUGAUGCUGGGGACCUCCCUGCCCUUCCCGAAGAAGGCGUUCCAAAGUAUCCAUUUGACAAGAAAUUGAAUGAGCGUGUCACCAUCUGGCGAGGGGAUAUCACCGUCCUGGAGAGCGAUAUGAUUGUGAACGCUGCCAACGGCUCCCUUCUCGGCGGCGGUGGCGUAGACGGCGCUAUCCACAGUGCUGCCGGCCAUAAGCUGCUGGACGAGUGCCGAACCCUCAACGGCGCAGAAACAGGCGAGACAAAGUUUACCAGUGCUUAUGAUCUGCCGAGCAAGAAGAUUGCCCACACUGUCGGGCCAAUCUAUUCGAGUGCUGAGAGAUCCGCGCCUCUGUUGGCUUCGUGCUACAGAUCGUCGUUGGAGGGGUGUAGGCAGUAUGGAGGAGGGUCUAUUGGGUUUAGCAGUAUCUCGACAGGUGUUUAUGGAUACCCGGUCAAAGACGCCACCCACAUAGCACUGGAGACGACCCGCAAGUUCUUGGAACAGGACGAUACAGUCACGAACGUCAUCUACGUCGUCUUUUCCAAACGCGACGAAUCCGUUUACCACGAGCUCGUUCCCAUCUAUUUCCCCGGCUCUGACUCUACCUCUUCUUCAUCCACCGAACACACCAAAGCUGCUGGAGCUGCCGAAUCCACCACACCUGCAUCUACCUCCCCUAAAAAGCUUACUAGCGAGGUCAAAGAAGCCAGCGCCGAACCGACUUCUUCCAACGCCCCAGUGGCGGCCGCAACAGCAGAUCUGGCUGCUGGUAUCGUCUCUGCCAUCGCUGGCGCUACUGCCGGUAUUGCCCCUGGCGAGAGCUCUUCGGAGGGCGCUGAGGCUGCUGAAGUUGCGAAAGAGCCUCUGGAAGAAGGUUGGCAGGAGGUGGACGUUGCGGAAGCUAAAGAUGCGCCGGUCACUGAAGAUGUUGGAGGGGAUGUUUCGGGGCCUAAAUAUGCUCCGGCAGCUGAUGAAGGUGCUAGAGAGGUCAAGCCGGAGAAGGUCAAGUCUGAUUAG